GUGGAUGUGAAGGAGAAGCAGAAGAAGCUGGUGGAUCAGCUCACAGGACUCAUCAGCAGCGCUCCUGGACCUCCAACCAGGAAGCUGCUGGCUAAAAACCUGGCUACCCUGUACAGCAUCGGGGACACCUUCACGGUGUUCCAGACUCUGGACAAAUGCAACGAAAUCAUCAAAAGCAAAGACGACACACCUGCAUACCUGCCGACCAAACUCGCCGCGGUGGCUUGUGUUGGAGCGUUCUACGAGAAGAUGGGCAGGAUGUUGGGGAGCUCCUUUCCAGACACCAUCAAUAAUCUUUUAAAGGCGUUAAAGAGUGCAGAGUCCCAGGGCCGAGGAGAGAUCCUCCUCAGUCUGCAGAAGGUGCUGAACGGACUCGGUGGAGCCGCAGCUUCCUGUCACAGAGAUAUCUACAAGAACGCUCGCUCUCUGCUCACAGACAGGUCGAUGGCUGUGCGCUGUGCAGUGGCAAAGUGUCUGUUGGAGCUGCAGAACGAGGCGGUCUUCAUGUGGACCACCGAGCUCGAGAACGUGGCCACUCUGUGCUUCAAAGCUUUGGAAGGCUCUAACUACGGCGUCCGGGUGGCGGUGGCCAAACUGCUGGGGACGGUCAUGGCCACGGCGUUGAUGCCCAAACAAGCAGCCGUGAUGCGUCAGAACGUGAAGCGGGCGACUCUGGACGAGGUGCUGGAGCUCAUGGCCACGGGCUUCCUGCGAGGCGGAUCCGGCUUCCUGAAGAGCGGCGGGGAGAUGUUGAAGGGGGGCGGCUCCGUCAGCAGGGAGGUGCGGGUGGGCGUGACACAGGCCUACGUCGUGUUUGUAACGACCCUCGGCGGUCAGUGGCUGGAGCGUAACUUUGCCACCUUCCUGUCCCACGUUCUGGACCUGGUGUCUCACCCGCGGGCGACGCAGACGCACGUCGAGGCCGUGUACUCGCGCCGCUGCGUCUCCUUCAUGCUGCGCGCCACGCUCGGGGGCUUACUCGGAGAGAAAGCACAAAUCGCAGCCGGCAAAGAAAUCUGCCAAGCCAUCAGCAAGCAGAUGAGGGCUGUGGGUAAGGAGGAUGGGGGGGAAAUAUCACGGUUCAGAGCACUGCAGAAGGCCGUUGUGAACGACAUCAGCGGGGAGAACAAGGCGGGAGCAGCUGACGUGUCUGCCAGUCAGCACGUGAUGGUGUGUGCGCUGAAGGAGCUGGGCAGCCUGGUGCAGAGUCUGAGUGCUACAGCGUCACCGCUCAUCACCGAGCCGUCUAUAGGACUCCUGGAGACCGUGACCUCCGUACUGCUGCACCCCAGCAUGGCGGCCCGUUUGGCGGCUGCGUGGUGCCUGCGCUGCGUUGCCGUGGCGCUGCCCUAUCAGCUGACCCCGCUGCUGGAUCGCUGCGCGGAGAGGAUCAACAACCUGAAGAGUUCACCCGAGGCUGUGAGCGGAUACAGCUUCGCCAUGGCCGCUCUGCUGGGAGGAGUGCACCAGUGUCAGCUGGGAAUCCCUCAUUCCAAGGGCAAGCUGGUGGUGAGUAUAGCUGAAGACCUCCUGCGGACGGCAGCUCAGAACAGUCGACUGUCUCUGCAGCGCACGCAGGCCGGCUGGCUGCUGCUCGGCGCCCUCAUGACUCUGGGCCCCUCCCUCGUGCGCUAUCACCUCCCCAAGAUGCUGCUGCUGUGGAGAAACGUGUUUCCUCGCUCACAGAAGGAGCUGGAGGCGGAGAAGGCCAGAGGAGACGCGUUCACCUGGCAGGUUACGCUGGAGGGUCGAGCUGGAGCUCUGUGUGCCAUGCGGAGCUUCGUGGCCCACUGUCCCGAGCUGCUGACAGAAGACGUGAUCCGCAGACUGAUGACACCCAUCGAAUGUGCCAUGACCAUGAUGUCUCACGUCCCCGCCAUCAUUAAAGUCCACGGUGCUCACCUGAAAGCGAGCGCAGCGAUGGUGAGGCUCAGGCUGUACGACAUCCUCGCUCUUUUGCCUCCCAAGACCUACGAAGGCAGCUUCAACGCCCUCCUGAGGGAGCUGGUGGCAGAGUUCACAUUGACCGACAACUCGGCCAACACGACCACGUCCCUGCUGCGCUCGCUCUGUCACUAUGACGACAGCGUGCUGAUGGGGUCGUGGCUGCAGGAGACGGACCACAAGUCCAUCGAGGACCAGCUGCAGCCAAACAGUGCGUCUGGCAGCGGCGCUCUGGAACACGACCCCUCCUCCAUCUACCUGCGCGUCCCAGUCGGCGAGGCCAUCCCCGGUCCUCUCCCUCUGGGCGUGUCGGUCAUCGACGCCUCAGUGGCUCUGUUCGGUGUGGUUUUCCCCCACGUCUCCUUCAAACACAGGCUGCAGAUGUUGGAUCAUUUCGCUGAGUGUAUAAAACAGGCCAAAGGAGUUCGACAGCAGGCCGUCCAACUCAACAUCUUCACGGCCGUGCUGAGCGCCCUCAAGGGUUUGGCAGAGAACAAGAGCACUCUGGGUCCUGAGGAGGUGCGUAAGUCGGCUCUGGCUCUGGUGAUGGGAGCGCUGGACAAUCCAAACCCCAUCCUUCGCUGUGCAGCCGGGGAGGCUCUGGGCAGGAUGGCUCAGGUGGUGGGAGAGGCGACCUUCAUCGCCAGGAUGGCACAGACCAGCUUCGACAAACUGAAGUCGGCCCGUGAUGUCGUAUCGAGGACGGGCCACUCGCUCGCUCUCGGCUGUCUGCAUCGAUACGUCGGAGGAAUCGGAUCAGGCCAGCACCUGAAGACCAGCGUGAGCAUCCUGUUGGCUCUGGCCCAGGAUGGAUCCUCUCAUGAAGUCCAGACGUGGGCUCUGCACUCUCUGGCUCUGAUCGUGGAUUCUAGCGGGCCAAUGUACAGAGGCUACGUGGAGCCGACGCUGUCUCUGGUCCUCACCCUGCUCCUCACUGUGCCCCCCUCCCACACCGAGGUGCAUCAGUGUUUGGGCCGCUGCCUGGGAGCGCUCAUCACCACCGUGGGACCAGAACUUCAGGGAAAUGGAGCCACUAUCUCCACGAUCCGCUCGUCCUGCCUGGUCGGCUGUGCGAUCAUGCAGGAUCACUCGGACUCCCUCGUGCAGGCGGCCGCCAUCUCGUGUUUGCAGCAGCUGCACAUGUUCGCUCCUCGCCACGUCAACCUCUCCAGCCUGGUGCCAUGUCUCUGUGUGCACCUGUGCAGCUCUCACCUGCUGCUGCGUCGUGCCGCCGUGGCGUGCCUGAGACAGCUCGCUCAGAGAGAGGCUGCAGAGGUGUGCGAGUACGCCAUGAGCCUGGCCAAGAGGGCGGGAGACAGCAAAGACACGACGAUCAAGCUCAACAUCACAGAGACCGGUCUGGAGGGAGUCCUGUUCGGCAUGCUGGACCGGGAGACCGACAGGAAGCUGUGCUCUGAUAUCCACGACACGCUGGGCCACAUGCUGUCUUCUCUCGCUGUGGAGAAGCUUUCUCAUUGGCUGAAACUCUGCAAGGACGUCCUGGCAGCAACUACAGGUACGGGGGGAGCCGUCGUGUUUGAGGUGGAGAGAGACGAGGAGGACUCUGAGAAAAAAGACGAGAUGGACGAUGACACCAUGUUCACGGGACUGGGCGACGACGACAAGUCCAAACCCUCUGUGGCGCCGCGCUGGGUCACGCGUGUAUUCGCCGCGGACUGCUUGUGUCGCAUCAUCCUGCUGUGUGAGAACGACAAAGCACACUUUGACCUGGCAGCUGCACGCUCCGCAAAGGCCAAGAACCCAAAAGGCGAUCUGCUGGUUCUGCAUUUGUCCGACCUCAUCCGCAUGGCUUUCAUGGCGGCCACAGACCACAGUAACCAGCUGAGGAUGGCCGGCCUGCAGGCGCUGGAGGACAUCAUCAAAAAGUUUGCGUCCGUACCGGAGCCUGAGUUCCGUCACGUUAUCCUGGAACAAUACCAGGCCAAUGUGGGAGCUGCACUCAGGCCGGCUUUUUCUCCUGAUACACCGUCUGACAUCACAGCCAAGGCCUGCCAGGUGUGCAGCACGUGGAUUGGCAGCGGCGUAGUCAGUGACCUGAACGACCUGCGGCGAGUCCACAACCUGCUGGUGUCGUCGCUGGACAAGGUGCAGGCUGGGAAGGGCUCGUCCAGUCAGCUGUAUAGCGAGAGCGCCACCACCAUGGAGAAACUGGCCGUGCUGAAGGCGUGGGCGGAGGUGUAUGUCGUGGCCAUGAACGUCAAAAAAGAGGCGGAGUCUAAGCCCGCCAAACCCGUCCGAAGUGUAGAUGACGACGAGGAUGAUGACGAUCUGGGCGCCGACGCUCCGCCCGACAGCCUCAUCACGCUGGUGCAGCCGGAGCUCCCGUCGCUGAGCCGCCUGUGGCUCGCCAUGCUGAGAGACUACGCCCUGCUCACUCUGCGCGAGUUCUCCAGUCAGCUGCCGCCUGACGGUGGAGCGUUUUACACUCCAGAGACGAUCGACACGGCGAGGCUUCACUAUCGCGGCUCGUGGGCUCCCGUCCUGCACGCCGUGGCGCUGUGGCUGAGCAGCACCGGGUUCGGAGCUGAAGAAGAAGAAAUCCUCUCAGCAGCUUCGAAAAGUCCCGUCCUGACUCAGGGCGCCUCCUUAACCACGAAGACCUUUGAGGAGUCUGUGGAGGACAGGAUGCAUCUGAUGCUGGGUAUCAGCAUCGAGUUUCUUUGCUUCCCCCGACCCGAGGAGCCCAUUGAACAUGUGAUGUCCUGCCUGCAGGCCCUCUUCACUCUGCUCGAGUCUCCAUGUGCCAAGUCUCACAUCGCAGGGGACCAGUUAUUGGCGGUGGAGCUCCUGAACGUGCUGCACAGGCUGCUGCUGACCCGAGACCCUCCGGCAGUCCAGCUGCAGGUCUCUGCUGUCGUACAGGAGACCAUCCGGGCUGCACAGGACCACCUGCAGCGACAGAGAACCAGCAAAGGCAAAGAGGAAGAAAGCGACCGAGACGUUCAGCUCAGCUUCGGGGAAGGAGGAGACUCAGGUGAGCUCGUCCCGGGGAAGUCUCUGGUGUUCGCCGCCAUGGAGCUGCUCGUGUUCAUCCUGGUCCGUCACCUGCCGCAGCUGAACUCGCGCGUGAAGGAGUCGCCCAGCCAUGUUCCGCUGCGGCCUCAGCGACUGCCCGAGGACAGCGCACGCCUCGUGGCAAACACAGUUUCUAUCCUGGCAGAGCUGCCCUCACUCUGCUCUCCUGCUGGAAGUAUGACCAUCCUCCCCACCGUGCUCUUCCUGAUCACGGGGGUCCUGAGGGAAACUGCAUUAAAGACCCCUGACGGCUUCAUUCCAGCGCCCGUGUCCGCCGCUCUUCAGGGCAUCAAGACCAUCAUCACCUCGCCGCUGGCCCGGGUGGCGAGCAUGCAGACUCAGUGGACCGACCUGGUCAGGAGCAGCCUGGCGUCCGUACUCGAGCACUCACACCCAGACGAGUCGCGGCCGGACAUGGACGAGGUCAGCAUGUUGACCGCCGUCACGCUUUUCCUGCUGUCUGCCAGCGGCGAACUCGUCGGAGUGACGGCGCUGCAGAAUGGCUGCAUGGAGUGCUUCAGAAACGCCCUCAACUCCAGCGAUCCAACGGUUCAGGCGCGGUGUUACCAGCUGCUGUUGUCGGUGUUUCAGCACUCGAGCCGCGCCCUCGCCACCCCGUACAUCCACACUCUGGCUCCGCUCAUGGUGGAGAAGCUGAAGGCGGUGGAGCGCUGCCGGCCGGGGAGCGCCACCGAGCUGCUGGCCGUGCAGGAGGGCAUCAGGGUCCUGGAGAAUCUGGUGGGCAUGGGGGAGGAGCAGAACCGCGUGCAGCUGCUGGCGCUCCUCGUACCGACCCUCAUCUCCUACCUCCUGGACGAAAACGCAAUCUCCUCAGCGCCCCACGUCUCCAAAGGCCUGCAUGAUUUUGCUCUCCAGAACUUAAUGCGGAUUGGCCCGCUCUAUCCCGCCGCCUUCAAGACGGUGAUUGGUGCGGCGCCUGAGCUCAAAAUCCGGCUGGAAUCUGCGAUACGAGCCAACCAGGCCAGCAGCAAAGCUAAAGCUGCAGCCAGACAAGCUCAGCCCGCCGCGCAGGCCGCGCCCACCAUCAAACUGAAAACAAGCUUCUUCUGAACGCCGCUCCCAACACGCCGCUCCCAACACGCCGCCGUGCACUCCCACCGCCUGUCACCACAGGUCGUCAGAAUCAGUCCGGACGUGUAUUUAUUUAUUCCACGUUUGUUUUCUAAAGAAUGAAACUCGUCCUGAAGCAGAGAGUGAAGUGAUGUAAAUAUCAUUAAAGCGUUUUGAAUGUUAAAUCAGCAGAAAGUGAUUCAUGUGUGAAUGUAUUCUUCUUAAAGGGACGUGAUGAACAUUCACUCGUGGUCAUUUCCUGUUCUCUGUCUCGUCAUGUGAUGAUUGUCCUCUUUCUUCUGUUUUUUCUCUUGAAUCAUUGUGUAAACAUUCCUUCAUGAUGUUUCCAAACAGACCAGAGUUUCACUUUUCAUCGUUACUUUCAGCCCUGAAUGAGAUUUUACUUCAGACGCAGCAUUUUCACAGGAGGCGGAGCUUCAUCUCACCCGGAGUUUCUCCUCCUGAACAGUGAGGUCAGGAGGAUAUCUGGAGCAGUCCUGAAAUGAUCCAGAUAUUUUCAGGAGUGCAGAUGUGGAAGCAGCUUCAGAAAGUCCGUUGUAUGCAGGUUUGAUCUUCUUGAUGAAUCUAUGAAUGUGUGACUACGACAUCCUGCGCGUUGGUCAUCAGCUUCCAUCAUCACUCAGACUUUGCAGACUGUGUUUUAUCAGACCUCCAUUUCUCUGGAAUAAAGUCUCUUUCACCUCUUUCUGUUUUGUGAUCUGUGUGUGAUGAUGGGUGUUGAACAAAUAAAGUCAGCUGACCCCGA